UUUCUUUCUGGCGCUCAUACUGUCAUCACAAUCUCUUUUGUAUGCGAGGACUCUGGGCUCUGACCCAUCCGAGACGACGAGCUUCUCAUCGGCAUUUUCAAUAUCGUCAGAUCGUCUUGCUCGCUUGUCAGUAUAGCAAUAACUGCAUUGCGACGAUGUCGAGCGUGGUGAGACUGUGGCAGCUUGUCGAUCAUCGACUCUGAAAGGAUUAUGAGAGGGAGAUUACUGUGACAAAGACCAAUAAACCAUGGGUCCAUUUCUGUAGCAUAUUUGUGGUCCUCCUGGACUAGGAUCUACUGUCAGUCAGGUACGCACCGAAACAGGGGACGAUGAAAGAAACAAGCCGCCAAUAGGCAGUCGAAUUCGUGGACCCGGGGCUGAAGAUUUAGUGUUUAGGAAAUUAGACAGUACGAACUCUGUGGCUUCACUUGGUUUGGUGGCUGGAGGGAGAUGGUGGGAACAACCAUUUUUACCGAAAGGAUUUCUGUUACUAGAGAACAGGUGAAUGAGGCUGUAGCCCUCCUGAGGCGCAAGCUUUGCGGUGGUUCGAACCAACCGCUUCAUCAGCUCUCUCUUCUCCCGGAUGCGGAGAGCAAUCGAAAGCAAUUGCACGAUCUACUCUCCCACACGAUUGUUAACGCGUAUAAUAAUUCUGCACUCUUGCUCGGUCCUCGAGGAUGCGGCAAAACCUUGGUUUUGGAACGUGUAUUAGCGGAUCUACAGUCGGCCUACCCAGAAAGAUUCUCAAUUGUUAGGCUCAGUGGUCUUCUUCAUGCCGACGAAUACUGUGCCCUGAAGGAAAUAGCAAGGCAGCUUUGUGUGGAAAACGAGCUGUUCUUCUCCAAAGCGGCAUCUUUUAGUGAAAAUUUACAGUUCCUAACAGCAAUGCUCAAAGAAUGUGCACUUUCCGACAAAGCCUUGGUAUUUGCUCUAGAAGAAUUUGAUCUCUUCGCCCAGAGGCCAAAGCAGUGUCUCCUCUACAAUCUUCUGGAUGCAAUGCAAUCUACCACAUCACAAAUUGCAGUCGUGGGCAUUAGUGCUCGUUUGGAUGCCGACCAGCUCUUAGAGAAGAGAGUAAGAUCUCGGUUUUCUCACAGAAAGUUCCUGUUCCUUCCUCCAUCUGUUGAAGAUGCGACAAGACUGCUUCAGGAUGUUCUGACGUUGCCUUCUGAUUCCCAAUACGCUAAGGCCUUCAACAUGCACACAAAGAAAUUGUUUGAGAAAGAAAGUUUGAAAUGCCUCAUCAGCAAGUUCACAGAGGUGGAUCUUAGCCCUCAAAGUGUCCUUGACCUCGGGUUCAGGGCCCUUUGCAACAUAAAUCGCGAUACCGGUCUUCUCACGGAAGACAAUUUCAAGAAAGCAAGUCUUAUCCUCAGACCAAAACCGAAGUUGGAAACACUGAAAGGACUUUCUGUCUUGGAGCUCUACCUGUUGGUAGUGAUGAAUAGGUUAGAGGGGCAAAAUCGCGAGGUCUACAAUUUUAACACCAUAUUUCACGAGUACGAGAGGCUCUGUGGACUUCAUAACACUUGUGACAAGUAUUCGCGCCAAGUAUCUCAGCGUGCUUUUGAACACUUGCUAGAUCGAGAGCUUAUUAAUUACGCAGAAAGGUUCACCACUGUUGAAUAUACGCCUGUCAAGUUGCUCAUUUCGAGUCAGGAGCUAAAAGACGGUCUACAUUCCAACUCCGUGUGUCCGACAAUUUUACAUCAGUGGUUUUCUCACGACAAUUUCAAAUAAGUGAAUUGAUAUGCCAAAGUGCCCCAAGAGGAGCGAAGACGAAUACAUGAAAGGUUCACGUCAAAGGUCGCUGCCAGUGACAAACUCAGCACUUGGAACUGAUGUUUACGAAUCAUAUCGAAUGAACUCAAAUCACGACGAGGUCACUGUUCCUGCUUCACUGAGGUCUGACUCCAUCCCAAAUGAUGCUAUCGCAACCCAUGGGUACAAUCGAAGGACGGCUGGAUGGUUUGAUAGCAAGGUCGGUAGAGAGAUCUCCGGAAAGCACGUAGCUCAGGUUUAAAGUUCGAACACUUCCACGCUUAGUGGAUGGCUACUUCAACUCUCUCAUCUACAAGGAGCUUCAGGCUACAUGGGGAAAACGCGUACUAUUUCUCUACGUCAAAUCUGAGCAGAGGUCUCGUGAAGACAAUUGGACUUGCCGAUCUACUUCUUUCCCCUCGCUCCCUCCCUGAUUCAGCUGCUCGCCCUUGACCACCGGACAGUAUGAGAUUUUCAGAAUGCUCCAUGGUGCUAGCCAUGCGUUCCACAGCUUGGCUUAAACGAUCUAUAGACUUUAUCGAUAGAUCAUCAAGGUCCACUGAAAGUUGUGAAUGAGUCACCAAGGAUGGAUCCGGCAAAUGCUGCCCUCGCCACCAGUCCUCGGACCGAGCUCCUGGGUUGUUCGCUAUCGGAGAACUGCUGAUACGACUGUCAGGUGGAGAAAGCUCUUGCUGAGCCUGGAAAGCUCGAAUAUGCUCGUGAAGUUUUUCAUCGAAACUUGUGGAUUCCAUGUCCAUCUGUGAAGGUACUCUGGAUGCUGCUGUCAUUGGCCUGGACUUCAAUGGUGACGGUUGAAAUUGGUCAGUGACAGAUGGUGCAGAACUGGGUCUUAUUGGACUCUGACUCAAAGAUUGUCCUGAAAUCUCUCUUCCUUCGGGUCGAAACUGGCUUAUUUGUUCUUCGGCUUCCCUGUCUGAUCCGG